AUGGAUUCCAAUCAACUACGCCAACGUACAGCUUCGCGGCUAUCUGCGAUCUCAGAUCAACUACCCGCACCUGCUCUCCAAGCUGAGAGCACUCAAGUUUCGACCCAAAUGCAGAAUCCUGACAAGGAUGGGUAUCCAGGAAAGGUCCCAAUCACCUACUACCCGCUCAACACACAAAAGAUUUUCCGGUACAACGAAAACAGAAUGAAGGAUAAGCUUUACGCCAAGUACUGUCACAAGGAACUUUACAUCUACGCCGACAUACCGCAAUACAUCUGUCAACAGAUGCCCGCAGAGGGCGUUUUGCCCAUCACAGAGUGUCGUCGUCUGCUGGAGCCGGGCUACCACCCUCACGAAAAUGGCUGGCGUGCCCUCUCCGACGGGACCGGGUUCGUCACGUCACGAACUCGCUUCCCCGGAUCAACAGGAGACAUGAUCCGCUGGUGGUUCUGGUGGCAUAGUGUCGAGCCUGAGCGCUACGCCCUGUGGUUUCCAUAUGACCACCUGAGCGCGCGCUCGACUUACGCCGACCGUCUGCACCGCACUGACUUGUCUCAUACGCAAAAAUGGCUCGGGUCCACGCACCGAGUAACCGAGUUCAUUGGAUCGACCAAGAUGACUGUACAUAUCCACUUUGUCGACCCUGCAGAGUAUGGCUUGCCAUGGGAGGAGCUCAAGGCGGCAGGCUACGAGGCGGCAGUUUGUGCAGAGCUACGGGAUGGAUUGCUGCCGAAUCUCAAGAUUGGCGACUUCCUGCACCUCUGGCGGAAGACAGAAGACGGGCUUGAGCUGAGAAGUCGUUAUUGGCUGGGUGGUGGCAUUCAUUACAAGGUAUUUGGGAUGAAAGUUGGAAUCGAUUAUCUUGCUGGAGCACUUGGCUUUAAACAUCGGAUGGCCGGAGAAAACAUCGCAUAUGAGCAUUUCAUUCAUGACCAGACCGAGUUUACUAACCUGGCAUCUUUCUUGCCAAGUCUGUAUGCAGAUCAUGUAGCUGGAAGACUCUGA